AUGGCAACGGCUGGAGACUUGCACCGUGCCAAAGUGGGAGAGGAGCGCAUGAGGGACUGUUUGGACAGAUUCUUAAAAGAGGAGAAAAAGAAGAAGAAGAAGAGAGCCUUGUCCCCGCUCGCUGACAAACGUGAGAAAGAGGUGAAGAAAGUCAAGCUCCACCAUCACAAGCAACACCAUGAGCACCGCGCGCAAAAGACGCACAAGCUGCAGCACCAGACCACCGCUCCUGACCCUACCGCCACCGCUCCUGACCGCUCCAAACAUGCGCUCCAUCACCACUCACACCACGGCCACCACCACCAUCUGCAUAACCACCAGCACCAGCACCACGGCCUGAAGAAGAGUCUGCAGCCGCCUGUCACGCCUUCUCCGCCUCCUCCGCCUCCUCUGCCUCUUCGCCCUCCUCCCGCUGCGCCUCUGAGGAAGACCCCUCCAGAGCAGGUACCCAAAAAGCGCACGGAGCCCACAGAGUUGUUUACGUUCAGACCGCUCAAAGUCAAGUGCACAGCGGAGAAACGGCACCGGGAAAAGAGGGCAGGGGACGAGAAAGUGAAGAAGGAGAACACAGAGCGCAAUGGGACGCGACCAGAAGGACAGAAAAAGAGAGAGCCAAGACCACACAAUGAAAACGUCAAAUCUCAAACCCUGGAAGAAUACCUGCUCAAAAAGAAAAAGAAGAAAAAGCGCUCCCACGAGGAUGAGCGCAGGGUUAAAAAGGUGCGCUACCUCCUGAACAAAGAGGCGCAGACCGACCUGAAACUGUGCAGGAGCCAAGAGCGGUCCGCCAGGAGGAGAGCCCCCUUCCAGAACCACGUCCCCUACCUCCACACGCUCAAGCUGGGCCACACGCCUUUCAUCUCCCACCAGGACCGCCACAUCCGGAGCUCCUGCGUCCAAACCGGCUCCAGGUUCGGCCGCUUCCUUCACGAGGAGCGGCAGCCCAACGGAGGCGGGUGUGUGCUGCACGCGUACGCAGACGAGCUGGCCUGUCUGAGCGCGCUGGAGCUGGAGGAGUUUGCCCGCGAGUACCUGGAGCUGGCCUUCGCCGAGCGUCCCAAAGGAGCCUCCAAGUACGCGCUGUCGGUGAUCCACGGGGCGGCCGCCUAUCUGCCCGACUUCUUGGACUAUUUUGCCUUCAACUUUCCCAACACGCCGGUCAAGAUGGAGAUUCUGGGGAAGAAAGACAUAGAGACCACCACCAUGGCCAACUUUCACUCUCAGGUGAGCCGUACGUACUGCGCUGGGACGUUCCGUGCCGGGCCCAUGAGGCAGAUCAGUCUGGUGGGAGCCGUGGACGAGGAGGUUGGGGACUUCUUCCCAGAGUUCCUCAACAUGCUCGAGGAGUCGCCAUUUUUAAAGAUGACGCUGCCCUGGGGGACUCUCUCCAGUCUGAAGAUCGACUGCAGGACCCAGAGCGACGACGGGCCCAUUCUGUGGGUGCGACCCGGGGAGCAGAUGGUGCCCACCGCGGACCUGCCCAAGUCUCCCUUCAAGCGCCGCAGGUCCAUGAAUGAGAUCAAGAACUUGCACUACCUGCCCAGGACGAGUGAGCCCAGAGAGAUGCUCUUUGAGGACCGGACUCGGGCUCAUGCCGAUCACGUGGGCCAGAGCUUUGACUGGCAAAGCACUGCGGCUGUGGGCGUGCUCAAGGCAGUGCACUUUGGAGAGAAUAACCCUCAGCCUCGAAUAACCAAGGACGUGGUGUGUUUUGAUGCUGGAGACUUUACUGAAGUGGUGCACAGGCUGCAGCUGGAUGUCUACGAGCCUCCGGUGUCACAGUGCGUCCAGUGGAUCGAUGACGCCAAGCUCAACCACUUACGGCGGGAGGGCGUCAGGUACGUCCGCACUCAGCUGUGUGACCAGGACGUUUACUUCAUCCCCCGAAACGUCAUCCACCAGUUCAAGACGGUGUCCGCGGUGUGCAGCCUGGCCUGGCACAUUCGCCUCAAACAGUACCAGCCCGAAGACCCACAGCCCACAGAACAGCCCACGCACCACUGCGUUGCCCCCAUCCCUACAGUCACUCCCUGCCAUAGGCCACAAGGGGGCACUGUGCAGGGCACGGUGGUCAAUACUAAAGACACAGAGUUUCAGAGAUCCGCCACUGCUCCACACCGGCCUCAGCCCGGAACCCCCACUUCAGCCUCCGUCUUCCCCCUCACACCAGCCUCAGUGUUGUCCCCCGCACCAGCCUCAGCCUAA